AUGACCACUUCCACUUCGUGUCUUAACAUCUCCGACCAAGCUUUUUCCGGGUCAAAAAUCGUUCUUCCGGGUCGAGUUGAAACCGUUUUGGAGAAGAUCUACAAGAAACACAAACAACCUCCGAUUUUAAAGGAGACAAGGAAGAGACUUUCUUCGAUUUCCGAGGAAUUGGCUUUGGAAACUCUCAGUAAAGUUCACAAUUCCACGUAUGUCAAAGGAACACUUGAUGGGUUUAUCAGUUUUCUUCUUGGGAAGGCCGUUACUGUUAAUAAAUCUCCACGGCUAAGCUCCGGCGAGUCUCCUGGUACUCCGGGGAAAAAAAGUUGCAGGCUUUUUCGAGCAGAGAGGUCACUUGAUUCUGAAGCUCCUUCUCCAAAGUUGUUGAGAAGAGAACAAAAUGGAGGAUCUUUGGAUAUUCCUCAAGCUUUAGGGGAACUUGAAUUCAAGAAGAUGUUUUUGUUGCUUACCUAUACUCAAGGGAAAUCCCUGGUUGGGGUUAUAACUGCUGAUGAGAUCAGACAAUGGAAGGAUUUGCCAAUGGCUGCUUACGAAACAGUAGUGUGGUUCCGGUUGGGCGAGCAAUUUUGUUCCCUAAAGGAGCGAAGAGCGUCGCUUGAAUGGGAGAGCGAGAAGACUCAUUACUAUCAAUGUCAUGUUGCUCUCGAUGGUAGUUACAGAUUCAAGGGCCCUCUUAUGGAGAACACUGGAACACACCUGCACAAGGUUUUGGGUGAUGAUAAUGUUUUGACAGUCACAUUCGCGGACGUUCCAGGCGUGUCAACUUAUUGUAAUGACCCUUACCCUACAUACAAAGGAAUUGCUAAGAAUGGGAUCAUGGUUGGUUUACGCCGUUAUCAAUUUUUCGUUUUCAAAGAUGGAGGAAAAGAAGAAAAGAUGAAAGAUUUUUCUACAACGGGAGUCAAAUGUUACUUUAUACGCACAGACUCGACAGCUUUGAUUGAUAUGCAAAACCCCUAUAUCUUCUCGGGAAAGUCAAUUCAUGAGGCACGUAUGCAUUUUAUGCAUGUGCAUACAUUGCAAUCUCUGGCCAGCUAUAUGGCGAGGUUCUCUUUGAUUCUGUCAAAGACUAUGAAACUUGAAGUUGACAUGAGUGGGAUUACAGUCGACCCAAUCGAUGAUAUACACUGCCAUGAUCAGUAUGGUAAUGAUGUUCUUGAUAAGAAUGGGAAACCUUGUAUACAUUCAGAUGGAACUGGCUACAUCUCUGAGGACCUUGCUCGGUUGUGUCCAACGGAUAUUUGUCAAGGGAAACGAAUCAGAAUUCAGGAAACCUGUGGCAAAGACCCGCCUCUUAUGAUCCAGUUUCGGAUGUUUAAAGAUGGUGAUGCUAUUAAAGGGACUUUUCUCGUGAACAAGAAACUUCCACCUCGGACAGUCCAGGUUCGACCUUCUAUGAUCAAGGUGUCUAAAGAUCUAAGUUUGUCAAAUUUUAGCACCUUUAACUCCCUCGAGGUAGUCAAUACAAGUAAUCCACCAAAGAGAACAACAAGGUUAUCAAGAAAUUUGAUCGCGCUGCUUAGCUAUGGAGGAGUCCCUAAUGACUUCUUUUUGAAUAUAUUGUGCAACACGUUGGAAGAGUCGAAAAACACAUUCUACAACAUACACGCUGCGCUUAAAGCUGCUCGUAAUUAUGGGGAUAUGGAUGAUUAUAACGCUGCACAAAUGCUAAUGUCUGGUAUACCCCUUGACGAACCACACUUGCAGGAUCAUCUGUCUAUUCUUUUAAACACAGAGAAGAAUGAUCUCAAAGCAGGAAGACUUCCUGUUUCCGAUUCAUACUAUCUCAUGGGGACAAUGGAUCCUACCGGAAAGCUUAAGGAAAACGAAGUCUGCAUCAUCCUCGAGUCUGGUCAAAUUUCGGGGGAUGUGCUAGUUUAUAGGAAUCCCGGAUUACAUUUUGGAGACAUACAUGUACUUAAGGCUACAUAUGUUAAAGCCUUAGAAGACUAUGUAGGAAAUUCCAAGUAUGGUGUGUUCUUCCCUCAGAAAGGUCCAAGAUCUUUGGGCGACGAGAUUGCAGAAAUCCCAAGGUGCGCUGCUAUAUCCCUCGCAUAUGAAAGUCGAUGCUUAGGGGCAGCUGCCGAUAGCUGGCUAGCAAUAAUGGACCGUUACCUCGUGUUAGGAAACGAGAAAGUUAAGGAAAAAGAUGGAAGUAAGAAGCAAAUGCUAAAGGCUAUUGAUGUAUACUAUGAUGCUCUUGAUGCACCAAAAAAAGGGGCUAAGGUAGAUCUCCCAUUAGAUCUAAAGCUCAAAAAAUUUCCACAUUCAAUGAUGCGGAAGCAAUCAUUCGAGUCGACUAGUAUUCUUGGGUUAAUCUAUGACAUUGUAGUAUCGCAGAAUGCAGAGGAACCCCCACCAUCAGGAAUCAAGAAACUCCCAUGUUUUGAAGAUGAGCUGGUCUCUAAGUUUCACAUGGAGAAAUAUAGACGCUGGUACGAGGAAUAUAGAGAUGAAAUGAAGCAGGCGAUGGAAGCUGAUGAGAAUAAUAAGAAUGAAUCAGCCAAUAACGUCAUCCAGAAAUACAAGCAGGAGUUCUAUGGCGCUGCAGGGUUUGAAGAGAGAAAGAUAAGCCUGGAAGAACUCUACCUGCAAGCCUUAGCACUUUACAACAUUGUUUAUGAUCAUGCCAUCGUAAAGAACAAAGUUCGUAAUUACGGGUUUGUCUGGAAGGUUGCAGGACCGGUCCUGUGCAGAUUCUACCGAGAGAAGACAAUGCGGGAGAAGUCACUCCUCUGUUCAGUUUCUGUGCUCAAAGAGCUUUUGGGUUGA